CGCCAAGCGCCGUCACUCGGAGAUCUCACUCGAAAGGACAUUCUGGAGUCAGCCAUGCUCCGCAGGAUGUCUCACUGCCCAGCCAGUCCAGAUCGAGCAGGCCUACUCAACUGACCUGGUGGAGAGCGCACUGCUUGCCCCAGGCCUCGUGCGAGGCAGAGCGUCGACGUUCCAUGCCCUACGUUGCUCAGCGCCCACAUGCUGGCUGGAUCACACUUCAACUGAAUGUAAGGUUGAAUUCAGCUUCGUCCCCGAUGCGAAGCAGCGUUCGCUAGGUCACUUGUCAGCCAGAACAACCUGAUUGUCAGCCGCGAUCGACAAGCGUUCCUCGCCCGGCUCAAGCUCAUUUGCCCGCCUGCCCGCUGCUCCCCCACGGCUCAACCUCAACGCCCAGCCCCACCCUGGCCACUCCGGUCCCUUCAGCUCCACAGAUGCACAUGAUCCCUCCGCCGGCACUCUCAGGCAACGCGCUCAGACCGCCAAACUCUCCAUUUCGGAGGCUGCAGGAGGCGCAGCGGUUGAACCCCUCCGGAUCCCAUCCCGAAGCGAGGUUGCCGAGUGACAAGGUGCUCCGAGCCUGGCAGAAUGCAAAUGGACCGAUGUCGGCCCGUGGAAGAUGGCCGCGGGCGAAGGCGAGGCAGCCGCUUGUGAGCAAAGAGUAUCCUGGACGGGAUACGGCAGUGACGGCGCGUCCAGUGUUGAGGGAUGCACUGGAGGCUACUCCGUCGACCUCGUUGUGCUCGGGAGGUGGUCGGAUGCUGCUUGUGCCCAGACUACAAGCUAGUCCCAGGAGGGAUGCAAUGGGCAACACGACCGCGCCCGCCGGGGGUUUAGGCGACACUCUGGGCAAGUUCCGACAAGCGCAUGCAGCCUUCACAAUCUGUCGCUUCUGUUGCCUGCGAAGCGAGCAAGUCCCCAGCAAGCCGAGGGCGCAGGCUAGGUUGCAGGCUUACCAGCUCAUCCGACCCCGCCAGAGAGCUGGGGAAGCACGACCAGCUCGGCGUGCUCAGCCAGAGGGCUUAGCCACCGAGGUUUCCGAGCUCAACCAGCCGCUUAGUGGGAAGCUUGGCAGACAACUAGCUAGACAGCUGCAGCCGAGUGUGCAGCGCGAGCUGAGGUGUUCUCUCGCCUCAACGUAGCUCCCUAUUUGGGCCUCUGGAGCUCCCCAGCGGAGAGGUCACGCUCACUGCCUAUCCUCGAGUAGCUGUAAGUCGUGGGACUAGGACACCCGACGCUUCCGCCCAAUCCUCACGAUCACCAUAGCACACGCCGCUGC